GAGCGGCGGGGGCAGCGGCGGGCAUGGAGCGGCUGCCGGCGGGCGCGGCGGUGGCGCUGCGGGGCGGCUGCCCGGGGGACCCCAGCUGCGGCCCCUGGGAGAUGCAAGGGCGGCUGGGCGCCGGGGGCUUCGGCAACGUCUCCCUCUACCAGCACCGGGAGUCCGGCGCCCGCCUGGCGGUGAAGGCCUGCCGGCUGGAGCUGAGCGCCCGACACCAGGAGCGCUGGCGCCACGAGCUGCAGAUCCUGCGCAGCUUGGACCAUCCGAACGUGGUGAAGGCCCUGGAGCUGCCGGAGGAGCUGGAUUUCCCCGUGAACGACGUGCCCCUUCUGGCCAUGGAGUAUUGCUCCAGGGGGGACCUCAGGAAGCUGCUGAAUGCCCCCGAGAACUGCUGUGGUCUUAAGGAAAGCCAAAUCCUUUCGGUGCUGAGUGACAUCGGGUCUGGCAUCCAGUAUUUGCACGAAAACAGAAUCAUUCAUAGAGAUCUUAAGCCAGAAAAUAUUGUCCUCCAGGAUGAAGCCGGGAAGAUAAUCUACAAGAUCAUAGACCUGGGAUACGCCAAGGAUCUGGAUCAAGGGAGCUUAUGCACCUCUUUCGUGGGGACCCUGCAGUACCUGGCCCCUGAACUCUUUGAUAACAACUCUUACACCAUGACGGUGGACUUCUGGAGCCUCGGGACGGUCGUCUUUGAAUGCAUCACGGGGUUCAGGCCCUUCCUGCACAACCAGCAGCCCUUCAGCUGGCAUGAGAAGAUCAAGAAGAAAGACCCCAAGUGCAUUUUUGCCUGGGAAGAGAUGACGGGGGAAGUUAGAUUUAGUGCUUAUUUGCCAACUCCAAACAGCUUGUGCAGUACGAUUGUAGACAGGAUGGAGCACUGGCUUCAGAUGAUGCUGGCCUGGGACCCCCAGCAGAGGGGAGGCGGAAUAGACCCAAACACCAACGGCUACAGGUGCUUUCAAGUGAUGGAACAGUUGUUGAGCCUGAAGAUUGUCCACAUCUUAAAUAUGACGUCCGCCAAAAUCCUGUCGUAUUCUCUGCACCCAGAAGAAAGUCUUCAUUCCCUGCAAGUUCGGAUUGAAUCCGACACCGGAAUCAGCUCGGGAAACCAGGAGCUGCUCCUGGAGAUGGGGAGCUGUUUAGACCCCCGGAAACCAGCCUCCCAGUGUGUCAUUGAUGGCGUAAAAGGCUGGGAUAGCUACAUGGUAUAUUUAUUUGAUAAGAGCAAAACUACCUAUGAAGGCCCUUUUGCUUCUAGGACGCUUUCUGACUGCGUAAAUUAUAUUGUGAAGGACAGCAAAAUCCAGCUGCCCGUUUUCCAGCUUCGGAAGAUCUGGGCUGAAGCCGUGCACUACGUCAUCGGCCUGAAGGAAGACUACAGCCGCCUCUUCCAGGGCCAGAGAGCCGCCAUGCUGAGCCUUCUGAGGUACAACCACAAUUUAACCAGCAGGAAAAACAACAUGAUCUCCACAUCACAGCAGCUGAAGGCCAAGCUGAAUUUCUUCCAGCAAAGUAUCCGCCUGGACUUGGAACGAUACAGCGACCAAAUGACCUAUGGAAUCUCCUCAGAGAAAAUGUUAAAAGCUUGGAAAGAUAUGGAAGAAAAAGCUUCACUGUGCGAAAAGGUGGCGGAUAUCGGCUCCCUGGAUGAGCAGAUCAUGGCGCUGCAUACCGAAAUUGUGGAGCUGCAGAGAAGCCUCCACGUGCGACGUCAAAACGAUGUAAUGGAAAAUCUGGAGCAGAGAGCCAUUGAACUCUACAAGCAACUGAAAUCCAGGCCUCCAGAAUCUGGUUGCCAAAUGCUUUCUGUCUGUGGAGGAAGUUUACCCUCUGGAGAGAUCUGUCUUUCAGACCACGUCUACAGCGACAGCACAGAGAUGGUCAAGAUCAUUGUCCAGACGGUCCAGAGCCAAGACUGGGUCCUCAAGGAGCUCUUCAGGCACCUCAGCAAAUUGCUGGGCUGCAAACAGAAGAUCAUCGACUUGCUUCCCAGCAUCGACGUGGCUCUGAACAGCAUCAAGGAGGCCGACAAUUCAGUCAUGCAAAUGCAGGGCAAACGGCAGAGAGAAAUCUGGCACUUGCUGAAAAUUGCUUGUACCCAGAGUUCGGCUCGAUCGGGCAGCUCCGCCGUGGAUGGUCCCGUCCCAUCUUCUGUGCCUGCCUGGCUCUGCCAAACUGCACCGGCCCACGUGCUGCAGCCGCUGCCUUUCGUGGAAGCCUCUAGAAACGCGUUGAAUUUUGCACAUUUGUUGGAAGAAAAUCUAAGCUAUCUUGACAGUUUUAGCGCUGUUAUACACGAAGCGAGACAUGACCAGAAUAGCAGCAUGAUGAGUCUGGACUGGAGUUGGCUGGGUUAGAGAGUCCAUGUUGCACAGCCGUAUUUGCAAAAAUGGGCCUUUUAACUUAAAAUACAUCUUUCCUUUGAAUUAAAGAAGGACCAGAUCGCAGAGUUUGCAUCUUCAUCCGGUUGUGGAGGUUUUGGGAAAGUGGCCCUGCUUUACCCUCUUAAAGCAUCCCAGAUAGAAUAUCUCCCAUCACAGGAUCUGUCAUGCACUGUAAUUAAAUAACCCCCAAAAGAUCAUGUUGGGCUAAGACAGAAAUCGUGAAAGGUGCAAAAUAAAUUAUCUUGUUAUAUACU